AUGGCCCCUCCUACUCCCACUCCCAACACCUUUGCCGCCAUGAGGAACUUCGGCGGUAUGGUGUCAUCUGCCCUUUCCUUCGGCGACGGAUCUCGCCAAGUCUCCUCCCUCGGGCUCGGUACUCCCUCUAUGAGAGAGCCUUCCGGCACUGCCUCUCCUCCCUGCUCUGCUUCUCCUGUCGCCGCUUCUCCUGUUGCCGCUUCUCCUGUUGCCUCUUCUCCCGUCGCCAUCGCUGGUCCUCCCGGAGGGUAUCCUCCUUUCUCCAUCCCUCGCCGUAGGACGCCGACCUUCCGUCCCGAUUCAGACUACAAUGAUGUUCAUUCUGACGAUGAUGAUCCUGAUGAGGGUAGGGCUGUGGUUGAGGAGGAAGGCAGGUUAGAAGAAUACUCGGAUGAUGAUACGAGGGAGGUGGUUAGUGUAGAGGACGGAGAGGUAGAUGGUCCUGAGUCCGUUCCCGUCCUUCCCCCUGCCCAAGUUGUGGGCCAAAAACGUCCCCGUUCUCUCUCCUCUUCUUCUUCUUGUUCUUCUUCCUCUUCUGGGGUUCUCCCCCCCCCCGCCAACGCCAUUGCCGCCGCGGCUGCUGCCGCUGCCCGUCCUGUCGCCGCCGCUCGACCUGCUGCUGCCGCCGCCGUCGCUGCUCCCCUCCCUUCUCCCCGAGGGGAGCCUUCGCCCAAACGGGUGAACAGAUCAUUGCGGGAAGAAGAGUACUUGUGGGAGAAGGUGAAGUCUGAGCCUGGACGUUGGGUAGUGCUUGGUGUCGAUGAAGCGUGUGAUCGUUGCCAUCGCCGUCCUUCUGCUCCUCCAACCACCCCGGCGACCGCUCCUGUCACCCCACCCUCUGCUCCCAAGAAGACACCAAAGUCUUCGUUAAAGAAAUCAAAAGGGAAAGGGAAAGAGAAGGGGGUCACCUUCAAUGAUGGUGCUGUGGGAGAUGAAAGUACUCACCGUGCUGGUCCCUCUGCUCCUCGGUUGUCCUUCUUCCAUCCUCAAAUCUCCCUGGACGUUUGUAUCCCGGAGGAUGAAAAGGAGUUUGCUACCUAUUGCUCUCUCGUUCUCGGCCUCACCACUCAGCUCGAGGCCGCCCGACAUGACACAGCUCUGUUGCUUGACUUCUCUACUCGUCAGGCUAAUGCUUUGAAUAACCUUACUGCGGCGUUAGUAGAUGUAGUCAACAUUGGGGAUGUAAACAAAGAAGCAAGGACGAGCCGAUGUUUGCCAAAGACUUUACGACACCCCCCUCCUCGUCAAUCCUAUGGCGUAUGA